UGAACAAACGAAGAAGAGAGGCGUUGCUAUGCGACGAUGUUUACUACGCAUCCAUGAGUUCACAUUAACAGAUAGAAAACUGGUUUCUGAAACUUACUCCUCAAUACUCGUUCAACUAUCCAGCCAUGCCUCUUCCAGACACGAUGUACUGUGCCCAGCAGAUCAACAUCCCUCCUGAGCUCCCAGACCUCCUCAAAAACUUCACUAAGGCAGCCAUCCGCACACAGCCAAAGGAUCUGCUGCUGUGGUCUGCGGCAUACUUCAGCGCACUGUCAGAGGGAGAAUGUCUGCCUGUCAAGGACCGGCUGGAGAUGAAUGUUGCCACCCAGAAGACAGACACUGGGCUGACUCCAGGUCUACUGAAGACUCUGCAUAAACAGCUAUCCCACAAGGACACAUGCAGCAAGAAGGAUCUGCUGAAGAAAUGGAAGGGUCUGUGUCUACCCGUGGACCAGCUUGAGACCCUGCUGUUUCUGGGAAGCUUCGGCUCAGACUUUGACUGGUUGGAAUUCUUCGCCCUGGGCUGCAAUGCUCUGGGAGGGACCCUCAUGAGUUCUCUGAAGUUUGCCUGUGAGAUCUUGACAGAGGACGAGGAGGGCGGUGCUGCAAGGAUCCCAUUCACCACCUUCACGAAGCUGUACACCUACCUGGCUCACCUGGACGGAGACAUGCCACAGGACCGCAUUGACAACUUCCUCAGCAGCCUGCAGGCUCAAGUGGAGCUUCAACAUGGGAUGAUAAAACCUCUUGACUUUAUCUUUCUGGAUGACACGGACUCAACUCCUCCCGAUUCAUCAGACUUUGCCAGAACAACCUCCAGGGCUGAAUAAGAAAAAGUUUCAAGUUUUAUAUCGAAAGCUACAUCUAAUUUGUACCCAGAGAGCUUGGUGUACCCCAAAAACACGACUGGACUUACAGCAUGGACAAGACUUUUUAAUGAGGUGUUUUUCUAAAGAGACGGGUUUCACUCGGCACACAAAGCGGAGCAGAGGUGGGGUGAACAUGCAUAAACGUCCAGGGCUGCCUUUAAAGGAAACUGUCAAUCAUGAAAACAGACCUUUAGUAUGUUUCCCUUUGAGCCUCAUUAUCUUCAGAAGAAUGAUCUAAUAAUGCCCUCUGUGGUGUUUCUCUUCUAAAGCAGGAUGAAUCUAUGGACAUGUUAACUGUUUGUGGUAAAAAAGCUUUCAGUUCAAGAGAAGUUGGAGGUGUUUUCAACAAAGUCUGUGUUUCCUUGGGGCCAGUAUCCUGCUGCCAUUAAAGCAGAGACACCUCUGCAGUGGCUUCACUGUGCUGCCUUCCUCCUACAAGAUCAUGUUUGUGUGUAAAAGGAUAAUCAUGUGCUCCUCUGCAGGAAGACUUGUACUUCUGAAUGCAUGACUCUGUGCUGUGUCUGCUGUGUUUAAUUCUACAUUAUGUUUUAUUUAUUAUCAUGAAUAAAGAUUUUAAAUGCAGAAUUCAACCAGAAUGCAUAAAGUCAAUUUGUCCAGGCUUUAUUUGUGAGUUAUCUCUCACACAUGAACACACAUCACAGAGAGAACUUAAUUAAGGACCAUUGCUGCCUGAUUAAAAUGAGUGAAUUACCUCU